CGUUAGUGCGCCGUGAUUAACGGCGGCUUUAGAGUACAUUUCAUUUAAAACACUAACAAAAUUACUAAAACACCACGGCCUGGUGGGUUCUGGGGUUGGAUUAGUGGACGGAGACAGUCUUUUUUGUCAAUAUUCUCACCUGUCUACCAGUUUUGAGUUUGCCUGGACUGUCGUUGUAAAAGAUGAGUGGGGGACCAGAUUCAAACAAAGAGUUUAUGGAGCAGCUGCGGAUGCAGGAGCUCUACGGCAGGAGAAAUGAGGAUGGCUCCGACCCGAACACCUACACUGACCCAGAGGAUGGGACAGUGUAUGACUGGGACCCUGAGAAGAAGGCCUGGUUCCCUAAAAUAACAGAGGACUUCAUUGCAGCUUACCAGGCCAACUACGGCUUCACUCAGGAAGGAGACCCAGAUACUAAAAACACUGCAGUGAGCAGCACCGAACCAGCAGCCUCAGAACCAGAUGGCAAGCCUUCAGGAAAGGAGAAGCCAGGAGAUGCCACCCAGAACCCAAACACAAACCCAGACCAGCAACAGACGGCAGCAAAAGAAGCCAAGCAGAAAGGGGAGAAGAGGAAAGCAGAUCCAGGAUGGUUCGAUAUCGACGAGAAUAAGAACACAAACGUCUAUGUGUCAGGCCUGCCUCCUGACAUCAGCUCUGAGGAGUUUGCCGAGUUGAUGUCCAAGUGCGGCAUUGUGAUGCGGGACCCCAUGACUGAAGAGUACAAGGUCAAACUUUACAAGGACAAAGAGGGAAAUCUGAAGGGAGAUGGCCUCUGCUGCUAUCUCAAGAAGGAGUCGGUGGCACUGGCUCUACGUCUGAUUGAUGAAUCGGAGGUCAGAGGUUACAGACUCCAUGUGGAAGCAGCCCGGUUUGAGCUGAAGGGCCAGUACGACGCCAGCAAGAAGAAGAAGAAGAGCAAAGAUUACAGGAAGAGGAUGCAGCAGCAACAGAAACAGUUGGACUGGAGGCCCGAGAAGAAAGGAGAACUGAGGAAGAGGCAUGAAAAAGUCGUCAUCAUAAGGAACAUGUUUCAUCCCAGUGACUUUGAGGAGGACCCACUGGUGCUCAACGAGUAUCGUGAGGACUUGCGGACGGAGUGUGAGAAGUUUGGCAUCGUCAAGAAGGUCAUCCUCUUUGAUAGACACCCGGACGGCGUGGCAUCAAUCGCAUUUAAGGAGCCUGAGGAAGCCGAUGCGUGCAUUCUGUCAUUCAACGGCCGCUGGUUUGGAGGGAGGCAGCUCACUGCUCAGCUUUGGGAUGGAACGACAGACUAUCAGGUGGAGGAGACGACACGCGAGCGGGAGGAGCGGCUGAAGGGUUGGUCUGCUUUCCUGGAGGGAGGCGAUCAGAGCCAGCAGAAGAAGAACGACGACAACAAUGCGACGCCAGCAGAGAGUGGCACCACCAGCACCACUGAACCCACAGAGGCCUCCAGCACCACAGAGCCUGAACAGCACCCAAAAACAAAAACACAGGAACCGGAACCAGAACCGGAACCGGACGCAGACUCUACAGACAGCAGCCUGGCAGGAAGUGACGACGAGGACGCCUAGACACUUCUAUACACAUCUUUGGUCCCCAUGGCAACCACUUGAUUAGGACCGUCCUCCGUGAAUCUGAACUGCAGCGAAGCUUCGUGUCGAGCAGGCGAGGAAGAAGUUGGACAGUUUGAGCUAUUUUGUAAUGUAGAGAAAUAAAAAUAUGAUUUUGUCGAGACUAUUUUCAUCAUUUUGGUUCGAGUUGUAAUUCAACCUGCACUUCUGGCAGUUUUACACAACUUUGUAAGAGUUUGUUUACAGUAUUGUGUUGAUGACCCCAAAAUAAUAGAUUACAAAAGAAAAAACUGAGUUGGAUUUGAUUUGGAGAAGAUCUUAGCUUAGCAAUUCACUCUGAUGUGUUCUUGAUAUUAGAGGCUUUUAAAAACAGUUUGAGCUGAAACAGCAGCUGAAUUGUUGUUUAUUUUCUAUCUCUAGUAGCACUUUGUGUUACAUGUUGGGACAGGAACGAUGAUGUUUCUCUUACUGCAGCUGUUUUGUUUUUUUUUCUUAGAUCUGUUUAGAGCAGCCAAACAUAUAACAGGAUAUUUGUAAGAUUUGCAUAAAACAUCUUCAAGAAAAUCGUAAGAAAAAAAAAAAUCCUAAGUAAUAAAGCAAAACUUCUCAUUGUAAAUCACCGGCUACAAUCGUAACACAAAGUGUACAAAUGUAAAAGAAACUGAUCUUGUAUAUAUCGUCACAUCAGGCAAAGCUUGUUGGAAUACAGAGAAAUAAAACAACACACAUUUAAGGAA